AUGGACCCAGAGAAAAGAACCAAAUUCGGGAAUGUGAGUGACAUCCGCCUGCCAAAGAUGAUUGGGGUAAAAAGGAACAAUGACAGUGUGCACUUCAUGACCAAAAAGCUGAACAGCACGUGUUCUUCCACGUGCAAUCAGUUCUGUCAGCAUCCUGAAAGGGACAAAAGUGGGCAGGCGGGCGGCACGGCAGAGGUGCACAAGUUUUUCUUGGGGCGCCAGGUGCAGCUCUUGCCCUGGGCUCUCACUCUGCCCCUGGAUAUCCGAUUUUUUUCUCUAAUUCCAAGCGCAAGCACCGAUUUGAGCCAGAUGAACUUCCGGUGCCAAAGUCGGGCACAGCCUUAUCCGGGCCGAGUGCAGCAGUAUAAGGACUUCUUCAUAGGCUGUCACACCCUGUGCAAGAGUCAGACCCAGUCAGGACACAGCAUGGACAUGAGGGUCCCCGCUCAGCUCCUGGGGCUUCUGCUGCUCUGGCUCCCAGGUGUGCGAUGUGACAUCCAGGUGACCCAGUCUCCGUCCUCGCUGGCUGGCUCUGUAGGAGACACAGUCACCAUCAAUUGCAGAGCCAGUCAGAACAUUUACAGCAGUUUAAAUUGGUAUCAGCGGAAACCAGGAAAAGCUCCUAGGCUCUUGAUCUAUGGUGCAAGCAGUUUGCAGGCUGGGGUCCCAUCCAGGUUCAGCGGCAGUGGAUAUGGGACAGAUUUCACUCUCACCAUCAGCAGCCUGCAGCCUGAGGAUGUUGCAACUUAUUACUGUCAACAGGGUUACAGUUGGCCUCCCACAGUGAUACAAGCCAUGACAUAA